AUGAGUACGAAACACCCUUUGGUCGAAAUUAGCGAUGAAGGCGAGGAGGAUGGAAGCAAGGAGGAUAAGAAACGUACAACACGUAGCGGCCGGUCGUUUUCUUCACCAGGCAAAGACAAAGGCAAACAGAAACCCAAGAAAAAACGGAAAACAAUCCAAGCCUCUUCUGCGGAUCCUAACUUGCUUGACGAUCCUGACUUGCUUAAAAAAAAAAAAGAUAUCCCUGAAAUAGGAAACAGAUAUAUCGGCGAACACACCGGCGACAUUAUUGUGCAGCAAUUCACAGAGCAUAUUCCAGCCAAAUUUGCCAAGGAUGAAAAAAUUAAAAAGGAUGAUGAGUGGAACAAAGAGUUCGAAGCCAUGACUGUGGAAGAAUUACUCAAUUUUUUCCGUUUUUGGUACCCCAGCUUCUCUGCAGUGAUGCUCGGCAGGCAACACGUGCCCACAUGCCUCAAGUUUUUUCAGCCCAUCAUCCUUCUGUCGCUGUGUUAUGUGAAUGAUGGCAAAUUGCAGGAUGGCAACUAUCGGGACGCAACUUUUGAAGAGGUUGCUUCAAUUGCGUUUGCAGAUUCAAUGAAACCUCCUCCCAAACGUCCCUAUUUCGAGCUGACCUUUUCAGGCACGAAAAGCAGUAUUGUCGCGAAGAUAGCAAUGAAAAGGAUCCCAGAGAUGUACAAAAAGGUAUUUGUUGUUGCUAGACGAUCUGCAGAAGCCGCAGGGAAUGGUUCCAAAGGAAUGGUCAAAUAUGACACCGUGAUGAAAUACCUCAACUAA